CCAUAUACGUACAUCAAUGUGCGUGGAUGGGAAUGGAUUGAAUUCAAGAGUUAAGAAUGUGACUUACUUCCACAAAACGAAUGGUCGUACAUUGACGCACACGACACCUCUUCUUCUUCUUCUGUUUCGGAUUCAACAAGACAAAGGAAACACAAUGGGCACUGUCAUCGACUCUCAUUUCUUAACCCUCACUGCCCUUGUCACUAUUGCCUAUCAGUUUCUGUUUUUCGUCGUCACUGCGCUCCUCAAAUUCGACAAAGUCACUGAUUUUGCCGGAAGUUCGAAUUUCAUUAUAAUUGCUUUAUUGACUCUGUUUCUCAAAGGCUCCUGGUAUUUUCGACAGAUAAUCCUUACUUUGUUUGUUGGGAUAUGGGGACUUCGCCUGGGGCUUUUCCUCUUAUUCAGGAUUUUGCAAUGGGGAGAGGACCACCGCUUUGAUGAAAUGCGCAAUAAUUUGGGUAGAUUGGCCAUAUUUUGGAUAUUUCAGGCUGUCUGGGUGUGGGCUGUGAGUUUACCUGUUACGGUAGUUAAUGCAAGCGACAGAAAUCCCUUUCUACAUGUUGUCGAUAUAGUAGGGUGGAUUUUAUGGUCUGUGGGUUUUAUUGUGGAAGGUACGGCAGAUCAACAAAAGUUGCAUUUCAAAAGAUCUUCAGAAAAUAGAGGGAGGUGGUGUAAUGUUGGACUCUGGAAAUAUUCUCGUCAUCCUAACUAUUUUGGCGAGAUAUUGCUUUGGUGGGGAAUUUUUGUGGCAUCUACACCUGUACUGGAGGGUGGUGAGUGGCUGGUAAUCAUUGGACCAAUCUUUCUCACAUUGUUGCUUCUUUUUGUCAGUGGCAUUCCAAUGCUUGAGGAUUCAGCUGAUAAGAAGUUUGGCAAUGUAGAUGGAUAUAGGAUAUACAAAAAAAGAACCAGCCCUUUAAUCCCGUUGCCAACAUCAGUCUACGGGAACUUACCGGCAUGGUUCAAAACAAUUUUUCUCUUCGAGUUUCCAUUCUACAGUCGUAAUUUUCCGCAAGCAGAGAACUGGUGAAAUGGUAUUAAAAUAUUUACUAUCUGCUCAAGGUGUAGAGCAAGCAGUGGGAAUACCAGUGAUGCUCAGAAAAUUGGCUAGCACUUGGUUCUUUGAAUUUGUUUGAUUCCCUUCUUUCGUCAGACUGAAGUUGCAGCUGCCGUGGUUAGGGAUGUGGCCUUGAAAUGCUAUUGCGCAAUGUUUACUUCUCAUUUUAUUUCUAUUGCAAGUUAGUUUGCAACUAUCAUUCUGAACCUGCAGGAUGCCAACAUCGGCUGAUGUUGAAAAUUCAUUUUUAAAUACAUUAGUUAUAAACUAGCAUGACGCUUGUGUCUGCUCCAUGUUGGGU